UAUUUCUAUAUUUUGUUAUUGAAUUUGAUAUUUAUAAAUAAUGAAAAUAUGAUAUCAUGCACAUUACAAGAAUAACUGGUAAAUGAGAUGCUGAAGGAAUAUAAGCAUUUAUCUAUUGAAAAUUUUUCGAUUAGUUUUUUGUAACAAUACAGAAAAGUAAAUAAUUCAAAAUGUUUGGUUUAGUUUUAAAGCAUCCCAUCAUUUUUAAAGCUUUAUUAACUGAAGCACAAUCUACUUGUGGGAUGAUCCAUAAGUGUUUUAUAUAUGAUAAAAAUAUAUUUUUAUCUGCAUCAACUGUUAGAACAUUUCUAACACAAAGCAUAAGAUCAUUUGAUGGAUUAAGGCAGCCAGUAAGUUUUCUUAAACCUAACAAAUCGCCACAAAGUCUGAUAGUACGACAUCAACAAGAAAUAAAAACCAUAUUGGAUGUGAAUACAAAUGUACGGAAUAAUGUACUUUUAUAUAAAAAUGAAAGUAAUAGACAUUUUUGGAAUAUACGACUUUUUGCAUUUGGGCAGUUAUUUGGUUGGUCAAUAUUGGCUCUAUAUACUUAUACACCAAAGUUCUUUGAUAUAUUUAAAACUGAUGUAAAAAUUAAGGAGUUUCUACAGAAACAUUUCAUACGGUUUGGUACAUUUGUUUUCUCAAUUUUUGCAGGUCCUAUCACAUUUGGUGUUAUGUAUGCUACAUGUUCUCGUAACAUCAAGUACAUUAUCUUAAAUAAAGGUGGCAAAACACUUUCACUUUUUACUUAUCAUUUAUGCAAAAGAAAACUCAACACAAUAACUGUACCAAUAGGAAUGGCAAAAUGUACUUCACCUCGAACAGGAGUUACUGGAGUAUGUAUACCACUUAAAGUAAAAAACAAAUCUUUUUAUUACUUGAUUGAUAAAAGUGGCACAUUUGUAAAUCCGACUCUUUUUGAUUAUACAACAGCAAAUUAGAAUAUUUUAACAAAUACGUUUUUGUUAUGUUAAAAUCGUUAUUUUAAAUAAUAGUUAUAAUUAAUAGAGUAUGAUCGUGUAUACAAGUACACACACAUACAUAUGAUGAUAUAUAA